CGCUCAGCAUCUCUUCAGCAGCGGACUCAAGGGCUCCGGCGACAACGUAGACGCGCAACAGAAGGCUCUCCAUACCGGCGGACCGUUCAGCAGCGCACAGGACAACUUUCACUCGCAGCAUCACGGCACGCAUGACUGUGGCUUUGCGCAAAAACGCGACGGUGAGAGCGGCUACGAAGGAACUGAUGGGACUCUGAGAUACAAAAAAAUAAAUAAAAAAAAUACGAAAUCAAGCAAGAAAAGAUUAGAGUGGUUGAGGAGGAAAAACAUAUUUGCGACAAAUAAGGAUAUCCAAAUGCGCAGCAGGAAUAUCCCGUUGUAGAUGUUUAAGCUCUGAGGCAGAACCUGAAAUUCAGACGGAGAUGGAUCAGUGGGGAGUUUAUCUGUCUAUGCUCCUAACUUUUGCCCUGUUAGACGGUACACUGGGUGGCACAGACUGUAUGGUGGCUGGAGACUCGUGCUCCAGUGAUGAGACUUGUAGUCCGCGCCUACGUACUCUGCGGCAGUGUGUGGCCGGCAACGGCAGCAUGAAGCUUGGCCCUGGUGCCAGGAGCCAGUGUGCCAACGCUGUCUCGGCCCUCCUGUCCAGUCCGUUACAUGGAUGCCAAUGCAAACGAGGAAUGAAGAAGGAAAAGAACUGCCUAAGCAUCUACUGGAGUCUUCAUCAGUCCAUAAUUUAUGGACUCAAUCUUGUGGAGAGUUAUCCCUAUGAGACCGUGCAGAGGGAUCAUGAUUAUGUCCGCUUGGCUUCUAUUACAGCAGACUCAGAUGUUGGCAUGACAACUGUGAAUCGCUGCCUGGAUGCAGCCAAGGCUUGCAACGUUGACGACUUGUGCCAGAAGCUGCGGACAGAAUACGUCUCAGCUUGCAUCAAACCUAUGACCAAAUCAGGCCUGUGCAACAGACCUAAAUGCAAUAAGGCCCUGCGCAGGUUCUUUGACCGGGUACCUGCUCACUACACACACGAGCUACUCUUCUGCCCCUGUACGGAUACUGCGUGCGCAGAGCGUCGAAGGCAGACCAUCGUGCCAAGCUGUUCCUAUGAAACUGGGGAAAAACCUAAUUGCAUUACACAGAUGAAGAAUUGUAAUGAAGACUAUGUGUGCAGGUCUCGUCUGAAACAGUUUCAGUUUGACUGCGAACCCUCGGAAACAUCUGCCAAUGGCUGCCAGCAGAAGAACUAUGAAGCGUGUCUCCUCGCCUACACGGGGCUUAUAGGAAGUACGAUAACUCCCAACUAUGUUGACAACUCCACAUCCAACGUGGCUCCGUGGUGCUCGUGCUCACCGAGUGAGGGCAUGAGGGAUGAAUGUGAGCGCUUCCUGAGAUUUUUCACAGACAACAGCUGUCUCAAAAAUGCUCUAAAUAUGUUUGGAAGAGAAUCAGAGCAGCAAACGCCUCUCAGCACACAACCCAAAGCAGAGAAGAAAGCCGGAGCAGCACCUCUCAACCACAGACCAUUGAGACUAUGAGGAACAUCCUGGAACCAGUGAUACCC